AUGUCAAACUUCACAGACAAGACGGACAAUUAUCCGACCUUGAGUCGUCCGUUCGAAUCAAUGAGACCAGAGUAUGAUGUCGUUAUUGUAGGAUCUGGCUAUGGAGCUGGAGUAGCGGCAAGUCGAAUGGCCCGAGCAGGGAAGAGUGUCGCAGUGCUAGAGCUUGGCUGGGAAAGAAGGUCUGGUUCAUUUCCGCAAUCAUUCUCUCAAUGUCUCAGGGAUGUGAGUAUCUCCGGGAGUUCUGUAAAGAGCUCCUUCAUCUCAAAUUGGGUGUCACCUGGUGACCCCACGCGGCUUUUUCAAUUAUUUUUGGGCGAUGGACAGCAUACCUUUGCUGCUCAUGGACUUGGAGGAACUUCAUUGAUCAACGCUGGGGUUUUUUUGAAAGCGGAUGAAAGAACACUGCAGAUGAGCCCGUGGCCAUCAGAGAUCAGAAAUGAGCCACUUAAACUCGAUGAAUCCAAUACAGACUAUGCACGCGCCGAAACAAUGCUACAACCUGUCACGUAUCCGGAUAAUUCAACACUAAACAAACUUGAGCAUCUCCAGGGAGAGUCAAGAUGGCUCGGAGAGAAAGAAAAAUUUUACCGAGUGCCAUUAACCAUAUUUUUUCACAAUGGCCGCAAUAGUGCAGGUGUCCCAAUGCAGGCAAAUAGACACUCAGGCCAUGAGUGCACUGGUCUUAACGACGGUUCAAAAAACUCGGUGGCAACAACAUAUCUUGCAGAUGCUUGGAAUUGGGGAGCCGAGAUAUUCUGCGGAUGUGAAGUUCAAUUUGUAGAAAAGACAGACGGUGGAGGCUACACUAUACACUUUGCCUGGCAUGGAAGUGGAAGGUCGGUGUUUGAAGAUCAUUUCAAGGAACAACUCUUCUGGGUCAAAGCAAAGGAAUUUUGCUUUCUUGGGGCUGGUGCUUUAGGAACUACUGGAGUCUUGCUUCGGUCAAAGCAACACGGUCUCCAAAUGUCACCGCUCGUUGGAAGAAAUCUCUCGGGAAAUGGUGACCUUCUAAUAUUUGGUUACAAUGGAGGUGCCAAUAUCAACGGGAUCGCCCGUGAAUCCUCGCGUGCUCCCCCUGGACCCACCGUCACGGCUGUUAUUGAUAACCGAGUCGGUGACCCUCUGAAAAACCCAUUGGCCGGAUAUGUUAUUCAAGAUGGCUGCAUUCCUGAGGUGUUCAGCCCAGUAAUUCAAAUCAUGUUCACUCUACAGACCAUAAAGAACCAGGUGCUGUCUUUUCUUUGGAAUCCUUGCCAAGAAGCCUGGAAGACCCUUGCCUCUUUCAAUUCUCUGCUAUUUGGCCCAUACGCAUACCAUGGAGCUCUCCAGCGGACUUCAACCUAUCUUGUGAUGUCUCAUGAUAGCAAUGAGGUAACAUUGACACUGAAAGAUGAUCAAUUGUGCCUGCGGGGACCGGCAGAAGGACGGUCUGAGCAUUUCAAAUGGAUAACAAAGAAGUUCAAGGAGCUUUUUGCUCGCACAGGAGCAAUGAUAGGAUUUUCAUAUUUUUACGGUUGUCACCAGGAGGAAAUUACAGUCCAUCUCCUCGGAGGAGCCAACAUGAGCAACGAUGGAACAGGACAUGGGGGUGCAACAAAUCAUCUAGGAGAGGUCUUCAGUGGCUCUAAUAGUGAAGUACACAAGGGUUUCGUGUGCUGCGAUGCAUCUGUCAUCCCGACAGCCCUGGGCGUAAACCCACUGGCCACAAUAUCUGCACUCGCUGAGCGGUCCGUCAAUUUGCUCACCGAGAGAUCUGGAUUGUCUAUUAACCUCGCGACUAAAAAUCAGCCAUUGAACGCCUACAGCAAGCCUAGUGUAUCAUGGGAUUCCUACGACCACCAAGACAGUAUUAAAAAAGCACUUCCGUCAAUAGGAUGGCAAUUCACGGAGACUAUGCAUGGGCACAUCAACAUGGGGCCGGAGAUCGGAAGUUUUGCACUUUCUGAGAGGGUAGGAAAGGGUUCAUCCUGCGCGAUGCGGAUGUUCUUAACGAUCGAAAUUUGCCGAGAAGAUUCUCAAUACCAAGGAAAAUGCACCGGCACGGUUUCUUGUCGCGCAUUAUCUGCAGCCACGCUCAAGAUUGUCGAUGGGACGGUGGACUUCUUCACGCCAAUAGAAGAGAAUGCCGAAUCAUUAGCAAUUUCAUAUAAACUGAAGCUCCUCUCGGUAGAGGGCAAACAGUACCACCUGAAAGGCCACAAGCUCAUCAACUCGAACUUAGCAUUCUCAGUCAGAAAAACUUGGGAAGCAACAACUACAGUGAACGUCAAUAUCACUCGAUCAGACGGGAUAAAUAUUGGAGCAGGUGCCCUUCAUAUCUCAUUUCCAGACUUCAGAAAGCAGAUCCGAACAUUCCGGACAACAAAAGAUUUCCAGAUCAGCCUUAUCUUGGCCUUGAUGGUAUUUUUAGUUACUUUUAUGUACCAUAUCAGUCUCUUCUUCUUUCGUCCUUUCGCCCGCAUGCGCUUCCCUCAGAUCCCAACUAAAACCACCGAUUCAAAACAACCACCUUCAAAAGAAUUACCUCCAAAACAACCUCCUUCACUCUCGUGCAACUUCACCGCAAGCGAUGGCGUACAGGUCCACCUUGAUAUAUAUGACCCUGUUUCUAUACAAAAGAUAGGCGACCCGGUACCCAAGUCCAACCUUCCACCAGUCCUACUUUUACCCGGAGUCACCGGGAUCGGCGCGAUGCACAAUUUGUACGCACUGCCAUUCUUGCGCCGCAACAUGGUUGAGUAUCUCACGCAGCGUGGACACAAAUGCUACGCACUCACUCCUCGCUGGGGCUGUGAUCCCACCGUUGCCCAGAAAAGUACCGUCUUCGACUGCCGUCUUGACGUUGCUGCUGCAAUAGCAUACGUUCGCGAAGAGGAGCGGCAGAAGCUCUAUGUGGUAGCUCAUUGCCAAGGCUCGGUGGCUCUCUGCAUGGGACUGCUGGAUGGAACCAUCCAGAGUAGCCACCUUCUCGGUAUUACUGCGAACUCAGUCUUCAUGAACCAGGUCUUUGGGUAUUGGAACUCCCUCAAAGGAAGGACGACUCUACUGAUCCAAUUUUAUGAAUUAUUCGCUGGAAAUUACUUCCCGAUUAUCAGCAAUGCUAAAAGUGCUCUUUUCGAACGAUUACUCGAUAUUCUCCUUCGUUUCUAUCCUGUUGGGCACGUGCGAGAUAUCUGCACGUCUACAGCGUGCCAUCGGACAUCUUUCGCUUUUGGGUUACUAUGGAAUCAUGAGAACCUUGACACAAAUAUUCAUGACAAUGUCCACCAAUUUUUUGCAGGGACCAAUACAAAGAUUAUGAAGCAAGUGGUUCGCAUGGGAACUCGCGGGGUCUGCAUGGAUAAUGAUUUACGCCCCCUUAUGACGGCUGAGAAUUUGCAACGGCUGCAAGGGUUACCAAUUCUCUUUGUCUCAGGCACGGAUAACCAAGUAUUCAAUCCCGAGACUACCCUCAAGGACUAUGAGUUGUUGCGACGACGAUUUGGCGAGAGGCUUUAUCGCAGAUUUCUAGUCGAUGGGUAUGGGCAUCUCGAUCCUAUCGUGGGGAAAGAUGCGGACAAGGAUGUAUAUUGGAGGAUCUGUGCGCAUUUAAGAUGGUGCACGGAAGAGAUGGGAAAUACGAAACCGAAGACUAACGGACUAACGAACCUGAAAACGAACGGAAUAACGGGUGUGAAAACCAAUGGAAUAUGA